AGUGUCAGUGCGGUUACUGUGAGAGCUGCGAACCGUCGACGAUCUAACGGAGAAUUUGCCGGAAGAAGUUGUGGAUAAUAUCUGUCACGGUUCAUAUUUUGCUAUAUCCUUUAAGUCAGUUUAGCCUAUUUGGGGCUCAAUAAGGAGACAUCCUGGAAGCACCUGGAGAACCGCGGAUAUCUACGCGGCAUGGUUGCUUCGUGACCCGCGGCAGGUGUGAAGAGAUGGCGGGGGAGCCACCGGCGGGCACCGGCCGAGUGGUGCUGGUCAAGAAGAUCAUCAUGAAGGACGGAGGCGCGCUGCAGCAGGGUAUCGGCAGGCCCAGUGUGUAUCAUGCAGUGGUAGUGAUCUUCUUGGAGUUCUUCGCCUGGGGUUUACUCACCACACCCAUGCUCACUGUUUUACAUGAAACAUUUCCACAGCACACAUUCCUGAUGAAUGGACUCAUUCAGGGUGUGAAGGGUCUGCUGUCAUUCAUGUCUGCUCCUCUGAUUGGUGCACUGUCAGACGUGUGGGGCAGGCGCUCCUUCCUGUUGGUCACUGUCUUCUUCACUUGCGCUCCAAUCCCACUGAUGAGGCUCAGCCCUUGGUGGUACUUCGCCAUGAUCUCCAUGUCUGGAGCUUUCUCUGUAACCUUCUCGGUCAUCUUCGCCUACGUUGCUGAUGUGACAGCAGAAAGAGAGAGGAGUACCGCCUAUGGUCUGGUGUCAGCUACUUUUGCAGCCAGCCUGGUGACAAGCCCAGCUAUUGGGGCUUAUCUGUCAGCCUGGUAUGGGGACAACUUGGUGGUUCUGGUGGCCACACUGAUCGCUCUGGCAGACAUCUGCUUCAUCCUGCUGGCCAUGCCCGAGUCUCUGCCAGACAAGAUGAGGCUCAACACCUGGGGGGCACCCAUAUCCUGGGAGCAGGCCGACCCCUUUUCUGUCAGUAUCAAGUAUAUAGGAUUGUCACUAAGAAAGGUGGGUCAGGACUCUACUGUCUUACUGAUCUGUAUCACUGUGUUCCUGUCUUACCUCCCGGAGGCUGGACAGUACUCAAGCUUCUUCCUCUACCUGAGACAGGUCAUAAAUUUCUCCUCCACAACCAUUGCUGUUUUUAUUGGAGUGGUGGGCAUUCUGUCCAUCGUAGCACAGACUCUCUUCCUCACUCUCCUGAUGAGAACUCUGGGUAAUAAGAACACUGUUCUGUUGGGUUUGGGCUUCCAAAUCCUUCAGCUGGCCUGGUACGGCUUUGGAUCAGAGCCAUGGAUGAUGUGGGCGGCUGGUGCUGUAGCAGCGAUGUCCUCCAUCACCUUCCCAGCUGUUUCUGCUCUGGUGUCACAGUCUGCUGAUCGUGAUAAACAAGGUGUGGUUCAGGGGAUGAUCACAGGGAUCAGAGGUCUCUGUAAUGGUCUGGGCCCAGCUCUCUAUGGAUUCAUCUUCUUCCUAUUCAAUGUUGAGCUCAACACCAUGGACCCCAUACAGGGAGACUACAGCAUCGACCCCCUGCCUCUGCAUAGUCCCACUGAGCGAGCGCUCAUCCCUGGCCCGCCUUUCUUGUUGGGAGCGUGUACUGUGGUCGUCGCGUUCCUUGUUGCUCUCUUCAUCCCUGAGAAACCCUCCUGCUCCUCCUCUUCAUCCCAGCUGUCCCUCAGCGACAAGCCCCACCCAGACAGCAAAGAGUCAAUGUCCUCGCUGGCUGGCAUCCACAUCAACACGCCCCUUCCAGGCAGUGAUGAGGAGACCCCUCCCACUGCCAGUGAUGAGGACUUCGAGCCACUGCUGCAGGACAGUAUUGUUUGACGGACAGGUUGAAGAACCACAGAGGGUCAGAUAACAUCAUUGUUUUAUUGAUUGACAUUUUGCAAAAAAAGACAAAGAACCAGUAACUCGUUUGCCACAGGGCGGGACUACGCAUACUUUAGAAGUCUUUGCCAGCAGGAGGAACUAACAUAUUGCUUCACUGACCAGGAGCAGAGGAAGUAACAUCUUGUGUGCAACCAAUAAGGAUGGUUCUUAAAUGAGGGGGCGGGAGCAAAGAGCUGCCAAUAAGAUGUCAUAAGAUGUCAUGGUUUGAUUGGACAGAGGAAAUGAUUAUUUGAUUGGGGCCAACAGGAAGACCACAGUUUCAACAGAAGCCAUUAUUUGAUUGACAAGAGGAGGGACCAACUGUCUUUUUUAAUGGGAUGGUUGCGGUUUUAGGAUAAACCCACAUAAAAUUAUCUGAAGUUAGAGAGAAAUAUCUUUAAGAUUUACAUGGGAGGAUUAUUGUUCAUCUUAAAGCUUGAAGUUGUUGAUUGUUUUUGUGAUAAACAAGAAAAGGUGUUUUUACCUUCAGCUGUAUCAUUUUGAAGCUGUAUUUUAAUGUUGUGUUUCAUUUCUUACUGGUAUUUGUACAAAGGAAACAUAUCUGCAACAUAUUUACAGCAGCCAAAACAUCAGUGUUGACUUAUACACUAUUUUGUUGAAUAACACUUUUUUGUUACAGUUUUUUCUUUUAGCCAGGGUUAGGGGAUUUUUAUUGUUUUUGUACAGUAUCUAACCUUGUAUUAGCUAUCGAUGCUAAAGUAUGAAUGUGAAGACCUGAGAGAUGAGUCAACCACCUGAAAUCCAACAGGUCAAAAUAUCAAUUUUAAUCAGUAUUUUCAUCUCACGGUCAUUUGCUUAGCCAAGUUUCGUCUUUAAUUGUAAUUAUGAGAAAUAAAAGAAAUCCUGAAUGAUACAGAAGUUACAUUAAACACAUCACUGGAUAGUUUUUACUUUUAAUUUGACCAGUUGUUUGUCACUCUACCUCAGAUAAGCGUUUUUAAAUCACACUCAACCUGGCUUUACUCAUAUUCAGUCACUCAUUUUUAUAUCAGAGUCACUUUAUGAAAGUGCUGCUGGCUGUUGGCAGAGGGAAAGCCUCAGUGUUUAACUUUUUAGCAGUCCAAGUACCAGCAGUGUUUGCUCAUACUUGUUUUUAAUUUCAGUGAAAGGUGGUUCUGCAGCUCAAACUGUUGAAGGUAUAUAUGUGAACUUUGCAAGUAAAAUACUAGAAAAAUACUUACCUCACAAUAGAUUGUCUGAUUUGGUGCAAGUCCAACAAUAACUGGCAUUGUAACACACUUUGUCUUUUAUCUCAGGAUUACAUUCUUAAAAUGUCACCAGUUUUGGUGUGUAUAUCCAAUUGGUGCUAACUGGAUUGCAGGUGGCACUGUCAUACAUUUUUGAACAAUGAUAAUGAUUUAGCUCCAGGUCACCAAUGGAUUUUCAAUGACACCAGAUUUGGUGUGCACAUCCUGUGAGUACUCCAGAUGUUCCAUACCAAACUUGGUGGCACUAUGACACAAUGUUGCUGUUAGCUCAGCAGUACAUUGUUUAAAUCUCACCAAAUGCGGUUUGCACAUAUAGAAAAUCUGACUUUUAUAAUAUAUAAAAUUAAUUUAUAACAUAACUUGGCUUCCCAUAGUGUCAUGCUCUCAUCUACUGCCUCUCCAGAAUGUAGGUUUAGAAAUACAACUAGUUGGCAGCAUGACACCAUGGAGUUCUGAUUGCCUAGGGUCAGUGUGCCUUUGAUUCCAAGUUGCGCCGGGUGCUUGGACCCUUGUGUUACAAGUCUAGUGUUUCCUUUAAACUGUGAGAUCAGUUGGGCAUUUGUGUGCUAAGGGUUUCUCGUAACCGACAGUCCUUCAUUGUAUGAUUAGAAAAACAUUGAGGUCAGCUGGACAGUUAUUUGUGAGGUUUUUCCCUGACAGCAGUGAUAUUCCUGUGAAUGAACAUAUACUUGAAGCAUCAGACAGAGAUUUUACAAAAGCUUUAGAGAAGAUUAGGAACAAAUGCUGAAGAGUUUAACAGUACAUAAAUGGCACAGAGUGUACAUAGUUAUUUGCUUUAUGACCUUAAAAUGUAAGGCUACACGUGAAUAUUAUGGUUUGUAUGUUAUGUAGGUGAAGUGUGGGACUGGCUGGUUUGUUGGGGCUUAUAAGAAGGUUUUCCAUCAUUGUUUUGUCCUGUGAAGCUCAAUGACACAAUCACAG